AUGUCUGUUGUAGCAUUGAAGAACGCUGUAGUGCAACUAGUCUCCAACAAGAAGAAUGAUAACAACAACGCAUCCAUAACGUCAACAUCCAAUUCAUAUGGCGCUAUUCCUACAGAUUUAGAGAGGGGAACUCAUGUAAAUCUAAGGCAUGAUACUAGUGAUAUGAGCGGACAAACAGAGAAUACGUAUACUGAGGAGCAAGAUGAGGAGGAACAACAUGAGCACACUAAACUGUUUGGAUCAUUAGAUCCUAGGAUUAUAAGUGACUUGAUCAUUGGCCUGAGUGAUGGGUUGACUGUCCCCUUUGCGUUGACUGCUGGGUUGUCAUCAUUGGGUGAUUCCAAGUUGGUCAUCACAGGUGGUUUUGCAGAACUAAUUUCAGGGGCUAUAUCAAUGGGAUUAGGUGGUUAUCUGGGAGCUAAGAGUGAAUCCGAUUAUUAUCACGCUGAAGUUAAACAAGAACGUAAAAAGUUUUUCGAAAAUCAAACUUUAAUUAAUCACGAAGUUGAAGAUAUAUUGGUACAGAUAAAUCCAAACUUUUCUGAUGAGACUAUAAUAUCCUUUAUUAAAGAUUUCCAAUCUACACCUGAAAUGAUGUUAGACUUUAUUAUCAGAUACGGGAGAGGGUUAGAUGAACCUGCGGAAAAUAGACAAUUUAUAAGUGCCGUAACUAUUGGUGGUGGUUACCUUCUAGGUGGCUUUGUUCCAUUACUACCUUAUUUCUUCGUGGAGCACGUUCAGACAGGAUUAUUGUAUUCGAUAUUUCUUAUGGCAAUCACACUAUUUAUAUUCGGAUACUUUAAAGCUGAAAUAUCUAUGGGUGAUGUUUGCUCUACUCCGAAAAAGGUAGUGGAAGGUUGUGAAAUGAUGGCUGUCGGUGGGAUAGCUGCUGCAUCUGCAUGGUACUUCGUUAAACUUUUGGGUUAA